CAACAAACGUGUGCACCUUACACACUGUACCGGCAGAUGUAAAGGUUUCGACAGCGUAGCAAGGAAGGAACUGAUCACUGCAGUGAAUGAGGCAUUGUCAACUCUUGUAUGUUGGAGUGACCUGGAUCACUAGCCAAGCUGAGUUUCUGGUAAUCACAUAAUCCAGCCGUUCAACGCCUAGCAGCUGCUUUCAUCUCCCGAUGAUAGCGGUGAGUUGUAUUGCAGAGCCAUGAUUACCAUUGCUAGCUUCUGUAUUCCUGGGAACUUGUGCCGGAUAGUGUUGGGUCUGUUGCCAACGGGCUCGUCUGUUGAAGGUGUAAUGUUGUACCUACCACCUUUGUUGGUUCCAGGGUUCAUACACCUUCUAUUUGAAGUAUACCUGUUAACCAUGGACUACUUCUGGCUAGAUUAACUCUAGUGUGAUCAUGGUGCUAGUGAAGCUUGUAUCAGAUCCACUCUGAUUUAGCCACCCACACUAGUAGCAAGUAUUACCUUCACUGAGGGCAGGGGUAACUGCAGUUGGAUCCCGGGACGGAUACCCUGAUGCCGUCAAUCCUUUUUCUGCACCUUGUCCUCACCCACUUACUGAGGUGUGGUGAGCCCAUAAGUGGGAUCGUUUUCAAGUCCACCCAGAGUUUUGGGGAUUUCAGGGGGCGUCGGCCGUUGGGCGGUUCAAUAGCCAAUUGAGUCAUCUUUCCAAGAUUCCUUUUGAGUCUCUCUCCCCUCUCCCGGGGAGACCCACGUGACCCAGUUUUGGCAGUGAGCAACAAGUACAAGUGUGUGUGUGUGUGUGUGUGUGUGUGUGUGUGUGUGUCCCAUAUGGUGCAGUGGUAUGUGCAGUCGAUUUCCAAUCGAGAGGUUGCGGGUUCAAUUCCCGACGAUUAUGGUCACACACGUCUUUCUUCUCUUUCUCGGACUCUUCCUGACUUUUCUUUCAUUCUCCUGGGUGGUUACCAACAGCCAGUGUAUGCCGGAGUAUGUGGUGUGGAGUGUGUAGAAAAAAACCAAGAAAAAAAGAAAAGAAAAAAUGGAAAAUGAAAAAUAGGGAUUCACUGGCCAGAAAAAGUCACUUCAAUCAGCUGUGUGGUGGAUACCAGGCUAAAAAUAGUGGCGGUCAAUUCAUCAGUCUUGCAAGCUGUUGAAUGGUGUAAUCCCAGCACAAGUUGCUAUGUCUAACAUAGCUGUUCGCUAUCAUCGCUUCCGCAAUGGGCAGGUCUGAGGUGUGUGUGUCCCCCAUAUGGUGCAGUGGUAUGUGCAGUCGAUUUCCAAUCGAGAGGUUGCCGGUUCAAUUCCCGACGAUUAUGGUCGCACACGUCUUUCUUCUCUUUCUCAUUCUCCUAGCUCUUCUUUCAUCCUCCUGGGUGGUUACCAACAGCCAGUGUAUGCCGGAGUAUGUGGUGUGACGUGUGUGUGUAAAAAAAUAAUAAUAAUGAAAAAUAGGGAUUCGCUGGCCACUUAACCCUCACACCACAGGAAAGAUGAGCCAGUGGGGUGUCGCAAGCUUAUAUUGAACGUGAGCACGACAUGAUUAUUGUGAUCAUGAUGACGUAUAACAUAGUUCGCGUGAAAUGAUCGGACUGGGCCGUCUAAGGCCGCCCAUCUGAAACAUAGUAUGAUAGGAACAAAUAACGCCGUCUAUUGGCUUUGAAAGAGCGUUUGAAAGAUGACCCAUGGGUUCAUGUAACAAUCAUAAAGGCUGGGUGUACCAGUACAUUGCUAUGGCAACUGCAUGACCACUAAGUACUCGGUAGUACCCACAACUAGAUUUUAAAAAUGGAUUGUCUGCGGCAGCCGAUGGAUGUGCACCAUGCGGAUUUCGUGCCCAUCGGCCGAGCCCGUGUCUCCCCUCCGUCCGCUAGGUGUGGGAGGGUGGGAAACAAAAUUGCGUGGCGAGCUCUCACAGCAAAACAGACAACUGGCAAAAAUUACACCAGCCAGCAGUAGAAGAGCCGUCUACGGAUGCAUCCGCCAGACGAAGGGUGGCUCGUGCGGGAUGUCGUACGCGAGUUCGACUCGAAUGCGGAACUCCGCAAGAGUGCGUGCUUGCGCAAGUCGACUGCGGCGGCACGGCGGAGUGUGUAAGGUCACCUAAAGUCAUCUAGCGGGAAUAUUCCCGUGCGGGGCGCGGCCCGUGGCGUGCUGGUUAACUACGGUUUGCGCAACGCAAACCAACAUCUCAAUCAUCUGUUUGGUGGAUACCAGGCUAAAAAUUAGUGGCGGUAAAUUAUAGUGCGUUUCAAAAGUAUAGACCUCUAGACGUUUUCGAAUAAUUCAAAUUUGGUUUGAGCUUUUUGAGAAAUUUCUUCAGAAUAUUGCUCAGGCAGCUCACGCAAUUUUUCUCAUGGACAUUUCUAAGCGAUUGGAUAACAGACGCCCAAUUUCGAAAAUUUUAUGCACAAAGUGAUCACAGAUUUUAUGUGGUAUUGAUGCUGGCCUAACGGUUUUUUGAAACCAGAGGUCUGGACUUUUGAAACGCACUAUAGUGGCGGUCAUUUCAAAAGUCUUGCAAGCUGUUGAAUGGUGUAAUCCCAGCACAAGUUGCUAUGUCCAACAAUGUUACAUAGCUGUUCGCUAUCGUCACUUCCGCGAUGGGCAUGUCUGAGGUGAGGUCAGGUGUGUGUGUGUGUGAGUGUGUGUGUGUGUGUGUGUGUGUGUGUGUGUGUGUGUGUGUGUGUGUGUGUGUGUGUGUGUGUGUGUGUGUGUGUGUGUGUGUGUGUGUGUGUGUGUGAUUUCCAAUCGAGAGGUUGCGGUUCGAUUCCGGACGAUUAUGGUUGCACACGUCUUUCUUCUCUUUCUCAGACUCCUCCCGACUUGUCUUUCAUUCUCCUGGGUGGUUACCAACAGCCAGUUCAUGCCGGAGUAUGUGGUGUGAUGUGUGUGCAGAAAAAUAUGAAAAAGACCAAACGUGGGGAGUCACUGGCCAGAAAAAGCCACUUCAUAGCUGUGUGGUGUAGACCAGGCUGAAUAGUGGCGGUCAAUUCUUCAGCCUUGCAAGCUGUUGAAUGGUGCAAUUCCAGCACAAGUUGCUAUGGCUUCUGCUGUAGCAUUGCCAUCAUCGCCUCCUGCGAUGGGCGUCAAAAGCUCAAAGGAUAGUGUGUGUGUGUGUGUGUGUGUGUUUGUAUGUGUGUCUGUGUCUGUGUCUGUGUGUAUGUGUGUCUGUGUCUGUGUCUGUGUGUAUGUUUGUGUGUAUGCAGAAAACUACACAGACCAUAACUGCAGUGAAGAGUGUAUGAACCGUGCUACAAUAACCAGUUUAUCAUCGUCCUGAAAGUACUUCAAAAUGUCUAACAGUGUCGACGACGUCAAGCCCAGGAAAGGAAGACCGCCCCAACAGAAGGCACUCGCAACAGCCCUGUCAAAGCCAGCUAUCGCCGUUUCAACCAGCGUACAGCGUGUCAACUCCAGGAAGGGAGCGCCCAAGAAGGUGCAGGCAACAACAAGCGCUCGUCGUAGUACUCAGCAACUACGACAGCGUCAAGUUGCAAGGACACCGACCAGGAGCUCAGCUGAUCAGAUAACGCUGACUAACACUAUCUCGAAUGAACCAUUUGGUGAUCCCAAGUUCAUUGCUAAUAUCUUACCCUGGAUCUGUGACAUUGAUACAACGAGGUUUCGACAUGCUGUGCAGGGCAAAUGCGUGUUCAUAAGUAUAACGGAAAUUGAGACAUUGCUGCGUCUGGAGAAGUACGAAGGAAAGGAAGCGCAUAAUUCUCACAUCAUCAGUCUUAUUCGUCCUGGAGGCACAUUUGCUUAUAAACUGCUCUGCAAUGCAAUCCAUGACUUGGGUCCACUGUACAAUGAAAAGUACCAAGAAAUGCUUCUCCUGUUGCCCGUUGACCAGCGACCAACGACCAAGACAUCCUCUCAUGGGACAGUUGAUGUUGCUACUAUGCGUGCAGGCAGCAACACAGCUAACGAUGGCACAGUGACAUGUAAUAUACUGUUAGUGAAUGAUGAUGGAGCAGACAAUGGUGGGCACAUUCAACGUCUUAAACAACAUCUGCACAGAGUGAAUACACAUCUGUGCAAGACCACCGCUGAUCAUUCAGAUCUAACUUGCUUGUCCGGCGAUGUCAAGGAUUGCUUCGUGCCCAUGCAGGCUCUGACGGAGAAAGAUGCUCUGCAGCUGACGUAUCGUGCGCAACAAGCUGCAACUCGCCGUGUCACUGGAAGACAGCCAAUAUCCGACCGUACACCAGGCGUUGCUAUCCCAGGAGCUAGACAAGAUACGAGUGACAAAGUGGAAGGAGGAAGGCAGUUUGUUCUGUCCAGCGCUAAGCAGCUCUUGUCUGAUCCCCAUUAUUAUGAAGGUGUAACUAGCGGUGGCAAAAGUGGUGUUGGUGUUGGUGGUGGCGAUGACACAGUUGACGAAGACAUUCUGGAAAGUUGCAUCGUAAUUGGGAACGCUGGGCAGGGAAAGACAACACUGAGCAAACGAGUCAUCGCCGACAUCAUGGAGACAACGACUGGGAAUCUGGCAAAGAUUGAAUUCAUUUUCUACGUGCCAUGCCGUGAUUUGACACGUAUACAGUCAACAGAUUGGUGUGUAUUUCUUGGUUUGGACCAGUUGCGCAUCAGUACACAGGACCAAUCUUCACUGCUCAAUUACCUCUCUGAGCAUUCCGACCAGGUAUUGAUCGUUAUUGAUGGCAUCGACGAACUUGGCAGUGGUGGGUUUGGCAAAGGAUCAGCAGCCCAAGCUGUAAUAUUGAGGAGCAGCAGCAGUAACCAUUCACUACUACCUGCUGCUAUUGUAGUCGCAACUAGCCGACCGUGUGCUGAAGCGUAUCAGCACAUACCGCAUUUCCGCUUACGUUUCCGACUUCUCGGCUUCUCAGCAGACCAGCUCUAUGCGUACUGCUCACGACAGCUCGGAGAGGAGGUUGCCAAGAAGUGUAUGGAAGAGCUUUCCCAACGUAACAACUGUCUGCUGAAGGAAGGCAUUCGACAAUCUCCACUCCUAUGUGCUCUGCUCAUUCAGCAAUAUCCCAUCAACAACUCUCUACCCUCCAGUGUGACACUUUUCUACGACCACUACUUACGCUCCUCAGUCGCAAAGCUGGAAAAGCGACGAGGCAAGUUUGGUCAAGUACGGCUUGCACAUGACGUCAUCAGUCACUGCAGUGGUGGCCGGCACUUCAGUUGUGGUGAUCUUGUCAGUAUCCCCGUGGUAAUAGAACAUCAUUUGGAGCGCUAUGUGAAGGAGACAAGCAACAAUGAUGAGGAGUGUGAUCACCAUGCUGUGGAGCUAGUCAAGGCAUUGCACAAUCUCGACACGAUGUGUCUUGCAACAUAUCAAAGGGGCAUGGCUACUUUUACAUCCACGCUGUCAACCCUCCACCAGUCCAUUUGUCAAGAUCUCGGCUUACUGCUCAACCCUGGUAUGCAUCCGUCGGCCGUCAGUUCCACGCAGACUGUGUCCUUGACUCACUUGACACUGCAGGAGUGGUGUGCAUCGAGAUGCAUCAUUUCUUCUGACUCGUGCGUAGACAUCAUCCGCAGCUGCAUCAACACUGUCGGCACAGACUUGAACACACUUGUCUUCUGGCAAUUUGUCUUUGGAGCACUCAAGCCAGACCUUCUACAUUCAUCUUUGUUGGCUCUGAAGUCUGAAAACAGCAUCAGUGAUUACUCUUUCAAGAGCAAAAAGAAGAUGCUUCUGUUCCUGAUGAGAUGUUUGAUGGAAAGCCACAUUUCACUCCAACAUAACCGCACUGGAAACCCCAAUCAGGAUGUAGACGCAAUCAUCCAUCGCUGCUAUGCUAUGUCAGCCAACCUCCUGGCCAGUGAUGGAAUUGAUGUUAGUGGAAUCCACCUUGAAGUUGUUGAUGUGAUGGCUUUACAUACUGUUUUGGAGCUUGUAGACAAUGUAAAGUCUCUGGAUCUCGGCCAUUGUAAUCUGUCAGGUGACAGUGUCAUUUUGCUAUCUGAUCAACUGGAUAAAUGCGUCAAGGUGGAUUUGCGUGGUGCCAAUCUCACUGCAGCACCAUUGGCAAGCAUAUCAAGCACACUCUCUAGAUCAACACGGCGUACCCUCCAGGUUCUUGACAUUAGCAACACAGAGUUGACCAGUGGAUCUGCAGAUGGAGCAGCACUUGCUGGAUGUGUAAAACACCCAAGUCUAACGUACCUGAAUGCACACCAUACAGUACUUGGCAAUGAUGGUCUGGCAGCAUUUGCGAGCAACUUGGCUCCGUGUAACAAUCUCACAGAUCUAGCACUGGGAAGUUGCAGUCUGGAUAGUGGAUGUGGAUCUGACCUGGCAACACUGGUCACACAGUUACCACACCUUUACAGUCUAUGGCUGGAUACGAACUCACUCUGCAACAGUGACGUGUCAUGUGUACUAUCCAGUCUCCAUUCUCAUGAUACCAUACAGCAUCUCUUCUUUAACAACAACAGACUGACUGAUGAGCUAGCCGCUAGUGUGGUUGACUUUCUGCAAGCUCGUCGCAGUCGUGAGCACACUGGGAGUGUCAGCACAACACUACCACCAUGCGUGGUUUAUCUGAGCGGCAGUGGUGUAACAAUCCGUCUUCUACAGGAAGUGGCUACGUCUAGUCAAUGUGGUGGUGACGUAAUCGACAUUGGCAGCCGCUAUGCUACUGGUACUUCAGUACGGACUGAGUCAAUUGAUCAUCUGGUCAGUGUACAUGGUGGUGGCCUACAAGGCAAGGUCGAUGACUCCAUGAUGUCAUCACUUGGUCAGUACCUUGCAACCAACACUGACCUAGACCAACUGGACAUAGCAACCUGUAACAUUACCGAUGCUGGAGCAACUGCUCUGGCAACAUCUGGCCUUGCUGACAACACAGUGCUGAAAUGCCUUCGUCUGCUCAGGAAUAGGAUACAGCUAUCUGGUGUUGUGAGUAUACUACAGGCAGUGACAUCACCACAAUCACAUGUCAGUGCAUUGGGUCUGGAGGACAACCCAGUGUUUCAUGAUAUACAGCCCAGUCAUGCUGAUUGCAGACUGCUAUGCCAGCUUCUCUCCGGAUUCCACCAGCUGCGCUUCAUAUCAUUUAGCCACACGGCCAUGAGUGAUGAAGUUGGUGCAAGUAUCCUACACUCUCUCCAUCACCAUGCGCGUAUUGAAUGGAUGGAUAUGGCAAACAAUGAGAUUGAUGAUGCCACAGUGCAUGCCCUGGUGGAUAUGAUGAAGAAGAACACAAGCUUGAGAUUGAUCAGCCUAAAUAACUGCAAGAUCACCGAUGAUAGCAUUCAAGCCAUGCUGCAGUCACCAGGCAUCAUGAGGAUGGAGGGUGUACACUUGUACGGGAACCCAUGCUCUAUGGACAAGCUUCGACCUCCAUUGUACAAUUCCAGGCUAUGGUAUAGCAACUCUACUGUCCUGGAGUUCAUCUCGGAUUGAUUGCAGGAAGACGUUGCAGAACAUCAGCAUAUUCCCAGGUAUGUGUUGUACAGUAGUAGAUGUACAGUGUUGAUCAGUGUAUGAAAUACGGGUACACCUGUUUGUUGAUGAAUUAUGAUGAUCAGACAGACAAUACACUAGUCACCCUAGCCACACUCUCAAUCUACAGAUGUGUGUACUUGACCAGUACCAUAAAGUCUGCAGCAAACGUCCAGCUCAGCUGGUCUGUACCAGGGAGUAGUAAAAUAACAGUAUUUUACUACUUCCUGGUCUGUACCAGGGAGUAGUAAAACGCGAUGCACACUAUCAC